ACACAAUACAAAAAGACGCCUGCAGUAGAAAACACCGCCUACAGGAGGCCUGAGGUAAUUAAUCAGACCAAACCUGAGGUAAAAGCAAGGUGCUAUCAGUGUGGGAAGUCUGAUCAUCUAAAAUACCAAUGUCCUCUUUUAAGAAGAGAGAAAACAUCCUUCUUUAUGAAUAAAGAGCCCAAAGAAAACACUACUAAGAGUGAUACUAAGUUGCUGAGCAAUACUGAGACUGUCCCUAAGGAGAAACAAUGUUUGUUUAUUUUAUCCGAUGAUUUUUCUGAAGAUUAUUUUGAGCCUAUCACUAUUGUGAACCAACAAAAACAAGGUUGGAGGGAUACAGGAUCCCAGGUGUGUGUUAUCCACCCAAAAUCGGUACCUCAGAAAUAUCAAAAGCCCACCUCUGAGAUAAAUCUAAAGGGUUUGGGACCAGCUGUACCAGCUGAGGUAGUAUCUCUCCCAAUUGAAUACAAUGGAUGGAAAGGGAUCUGGGACUUUGCAAUUAGUUCAGAUAUCCCUCAUGAAUGUUUAAUCGGCAAUGACCUAGCUAGACAAGUUAAGAACUGGAAAAAGUUGUGUGAGGAGAAGGAAAAUUACAACAGAAGCCCUAUUCAGGAAGCAGUGUGCUUACCUAUUCAACCAGAAUCUGAACAGGGUCCAGAAUCCAGUUCCGUCAUUAUUGAAAUUGUUAGUAAAACAGGGGGAGUUCAAGAAAUUAAACAAGCUCAGGAGGAAGAUGAAUCCCUGAAGCCUUUGUUUAAGCAAGCCAAAAAUAUUCCGGAAUCAGCAGGAGAACUACCCAAUAAAUUUGUCACAAAAGAUGGUGUGCUUUACAGAGAAAGCAAAAGUGUGGAAUCAGAAGAAAGGUCAGAAAUACACAGUCAGAGUUUCACUGAAAUUGAAAGGCAAGCACAGGUGGCUGAGAAACUGAAGGAGCAACAGGCUGCGGAGUACAAGAAGCAAGCAGAUGAAGCCUUAGUGGCCUCCAUGAGACUGACGUAUCAAGAGCUACACAUUGAUCGGAAAAAGGAGGAGAAAAAACUUCAAAACCUGGAAGGGAAGAAGUGGGAGCAGGCAGAGCGGCUGGGCAUGGGCUUGGUGUCCAGGAGCUCUAUUUCUCACUCUGUCCUCUCUGAGAUGCAAGUGAUAGAACAAGAAACGCCAGUGACUACAAAGUCCACACGGUCCCAGCUAGAUCUCUUUGAAGACAUCGGAAGCUUCACAUCUGGACCACCAAAGUACAAAGAUAAUCCUUUUUCAUUAGGCGAUGCCUUCAGCUCACAGUGGGAGACAGACAACUCCUCUUGGGAAAUGGACAAAGGGGAAGAGGAGGCAGACAUUGCCAUCUCCAACAUCCGGCCUAUUGGUGACAGACCCAUUACCAGAAGAGAGACAGAGAGCAAGAUAUCAGUAGUGGAGUCCAAUGAAGCUCAGCAGAAGUUUGCAGGGGCCAAAGUCAUCUCAUCUGAUAUGUUCUUUGGACGGGAAGCUGAUACAGUUCCAGUGGCUGAAUAUUUGACCGAUCUUCAGUCAACAAUGAGAGUGGCAAGAGACAUUGCACAAGAACAUCUAGCUGUAGCCCAGCAGAGACAGAAGAGCUACUAUGACAGGUCAGCCAAACCAAGAAGCAAGCGGAGGUUAUUUUUCGAUGGAGAGAGUGGUAAAGACCCUGACGUGAUGGGGAUUGGUAGUUUUAACCAUCAGCAGUUUACUUUCAAGAUUUUACAAAAAUGCUUGGACUAUGUAUCGCAAGACUUCUUAAAUGACUCUUGGAAGUUUCGCAAAAAGACAUUUUGGGACAGAGAGAGUUCAUUGGGUUGCUGGGAAGGACGAGUGUAAUUAUCCCCAACAACAUGUUAACCUCUGGAAUGCUCCGCAGAGUGAAACAUCGAUGAACUGUGCCAGGUGGCAUGAAGAAGAUCCCUAUGAAAUGUACUGAGUAUCGGAAGAUGUUUGGUCCAGUGUAUAAAUAAAGACUUGGGGAAUAACCCUGAAUGAAAAUUAAACUGUUAGAAAUAUGAUUUAUGGAAAAUGUGUUUUAAAAUGUCUUUUAAUUUAGGUUUGUGAAUCUUAACACUGGGAAAGAUGACCAAUGGAUUUAAGGUAUAUGUUGAAUAGUAACAAUCUCAUAACUGAAUGGUGAGAUAUGAAUAUGCUAUGCGUAUAUACAACAGUGAAGGUUUGUAUUUAUGGUUUGUGCAAUGUAUUUAAUCAUAAUAAGUUUGUGUUACAGUGAUGUGUUUAUGUAUAUGUAUUGUAUCUAACUUUGUGUUUUAUUUCAGGAAUACUGUUAUAUAUGUAUAUAUGUAUAUACUAAUUAUUUUUGCCAUUCUAGGCAUAGAAAAUGCAAAAAUAAUCUUUCUAAGGGGGGAGGUGUAGAGAAGUUAUGUGUUAAACAGAGAUUAUUGAUAUGAUUUUAUUUGUUUGUUUGUUAAAGGAAAAGGGAGUUAUAUAUUAGCAAGGAAAAGCCUAACAUGGAAACUAGCUGGAAGCAGCAUUUGGUAGGUUGCCAUGGUAACACAGCUUCCCUUGGGAGAAAAGGGGCGUGGCUAAGAUGACAGUUGGAGCAGAUUCCCUUUUAAAAAGUUGAGUUGCUGUGAGGGUUUAAAAAAGGACAGUGGUGGUUAGGUUUUGGAAAGAUUAGGAGCUGGGGAAAUCAGCUAAGGACGGCAGCUUAUGGUCACUCAGGGGAAAGGCUGGGACUAUAAGCUGACCGGGGGAGUUUAGUAUACUGUUUUGAAGAGAAGUUAUUUAAGAAAUAUCCAUUCAAGAAAGACUACAUUGUAACUUAAGAUCCUGAAACGUUUACUGAUUGAAACCAUACGCUUAUGUACCAAAAAUAAACUUGAAUUUUGUUAUUGUUCAUAAAGACAAGUCUCCUUGCCUCUCUGUAAGCCUGUUACCUCACGUUGGUGGCAGUUACCGUACUUUUCUAUAUAAGUUACCAUCUUUACUCAUUUAAACCCAUCAGUUCUGUUAUCCUUCCUUAUCCACUAAAUCAUCCCUGUCAUACAUUCACACAUCCUCCACCCCUCCCUCUCAUACGCGCGCACAUCUCCUCAAUUGGAGGCACCGGUGGGAUAUUUCAAAAGGAUUCCAUCCCUGGAACCUCAGUUCUCUUCAAUUGGAGGCAUUAGUGGGAUUUAGACAAAGAUUUUCCCCUGCCUGAGUUGAGUACCACAAAUUGGGCUCUCUUCAGUAAGUAAUAGUAUAAAUCUGUGCUAAUUUGAAGUUAUGUGGUUGUGUGUCAUAAAGACAGUCAGACAUUAAGGGGAUUGCUAUUUUGGGGGUGAUAAAUUGUUUUUGUCUAAAACAAUUUUAAAAUCCCCAAAAUCUGUAGAUGUGUCAAUCUUUCUGAAACUUCUGGGGAUUGAUGUCCUGGUUAUCUUGUGCAUUGUAUAUCAUAUUCAAGUAGAUAACUCCUGCAGAUUUUUUAAAAAUGUUGUUUAUAAAAAAAUUGAAAAUUCCCCAAAAAUCCAUGGGUAAGUGAUACAUUCUGAAAUUUGGUGGGCUAAUAAUGGUAAAGGAGGUCUACCAUUGUAGCAUGGAUCACUCCAAUAGCUUUUAAAAUGAGGGAGAAAGGAGCCCCUGAAGUUUUCCCAAUUAUAGUAACGAAUUACUGUAACUAAUUACGGUAACAAAAUAGUAAAACAAAAUGUUAGUCUCAUUAUACUAACAUGUUUUUCACCAAGUAUACUUUAGAAACACUUUAGAAACAAAGUGCUAGUGUCCCCUAGUUUUGUAAGUACUUUUGAACCAUUUUUAAUGGAUCGCACAUGCUUAAUAACUAUGUCUUCAUUAUUAGUAAAAUAAUUAAUUACAAGUCGUUAUUUAUGCAGAAAAGAAUUAUUUGUACCUGAUAGUUUCUUGGGUCUUUUCCAUUUUUCCACUUUUACAAAAGUUUUAAAUUCUUCUAUUUGACUUCCCUCCUUCAAUUUUGACAAACAAGAUCAGUCACUCACAUUGUAUGCCACCUUUACAAGCAUUUCAGUUGCUCUAAUUAUCAUUUCUUAAUCCACUUUUCCCAGUUUUGAAAGUGGCAAUUAAUUCAUGAGAUUUAUGUGAGGAAGAAUAAAGUGAGAAUCAUUUAACACAAUGCAUUCAAAUGACUGCUAACAGCAGUAUUUGAAGUGUAGGCAUAACUCUACAACUAUAUUAUAGUUGUCCCAGUUAUAUUCAAAGAUACUCAAAAUGCGAAUAUAUUUCUCGCUAUACAGACAUGAAAAUAUGAUACUAACUUAACCACUUGGCAUUUUGUAUAUUUUUCAUACUAUGAAGUUUUUAGCGUGAUUAAUGUCAUGAGAAAUGGCAUUGUUGCUGCACAGUAAUGUGUUUAAUGGGAAUACCUCUUCCUUUGUGAAUACAUAAUACCUACUACCUUAUCAUAAAGGCUAUUUGAAGCAACUUGCUUCACCAGGCUUCUGAUGAGGAAAGAAGAAGUAGCGGGGCGAAU